UUCAUAAUAUCCAAACAUAUCAUAUGAUACAAUAACUUGUGAUAUUCUCUGCUUCCAGUCAUGACAAUGAAUUCGAAUUCGAGGAGCUUUUGUGUAGUUUAUGUGGUGUUGAUGGUGCAGGUACUUGCAUGGACGAGGAGUGCAGUGGUGGUGGCAAGUGUGAAGUGCAUUGAGAGUGAAAGGCAAGCUCUGCUUUCUCUCAAACGUGGCUUCAAUGUGACCGAUGAUGAUGAUGAUUGGCUGUCUUCAUGGGGAGAUGGGGAGCAGCAGCAGGAGUGUUGCAACUGGGAAGGCGUCAAGUGCAGCAAUGUAACUGGCCAUGUUCUCAUGCUUCAUCUUCAUGGUGAUUACACUCUUGGCUCCAUAAGUCCAUCACUGAGUGAGUUACAUCAUUUGAAGUAUUUGGACCUUAGUGGUAAUCGUUUUACUCACACCCCAUCCCUCCCUCCUUUUAUUGGCUCUUUAACCUUUUUGACACACCUCAAUCUCUCUCGUUGUUAUUUCGGUGGAAACAUACCCCCUCAAUUGGGAAAUCUACUCUUCCUCGAGUAUCUUGAUCUUGGAGGGAAUGAUUUUUAUCCUCUGCAACAAAUCCCUUCCCAGUUCUCAAAUCUCUCCCAUUUAGUGUACCUUGAUCUUAGUUUCAAUAAUUUGGUUGGAGGAUUCCCUCUUCAACUCACAAAUAUGUCAUCCUUGACAUAUUUGGAUCUUAGUCUUAAUAAAUUCAAUGGAACACUGCCUCCUCAGCUUGGAAAUCUCUUAUCCUUAGAACAUCUUGAUCUAAGUGGAAAUGCAUUCACUGGAACCAUUCCUCAUCAUUUCAGAAACCUUUCUUGUUUACAAUUUCUUGACCUCAGUCCCUCUGGCAAUGAUAACAUGUUGUUGAGUUCUGACUUACAAUGGCUAUCUCAACUUUCAACCCUGAGGUAUCUUUCGCUUCCUUGGGUGAAUCUCAGUAGUGCCAGCAAUUGGCAACAACAAGUGAGUAGCCUUUCUCAUCUUCAAUAUUUAGAAUUGGGUCGUUGCAAUCUUGUUGAUUCUGUGCUCACUUCAUCACUUGCAUCCCCUGCCAAUUUCUCCACUUCUCUCUCAUAUGUGGAUAUCUCUUACAACUCUUUAAGGGAUGCAUCCUUCAUAUUUCCAUGGUUAAUGAAUUCCACUAGUAGCCUUGUUAUUCUCAGAAUGAAUGAUAAUGGCUUAUCAGGAACCAUACCAGGAACAUUUGGGAACUUGAGCCUCCUUGAGGAGUUAAAUCUUUCAAAUAAUCGGCUCCAAGGCCAGAUACCUGUAUCCUUGUUUCAUAGUUGUAAUUUGGCAAAACUAGACCUAUCCGAGAACAAGUUUAAAGGGGAAUUUCAUGAAUUUAUUCAAGUAAUUUCUCGUUGUUCUCACAAACCCUUAGAAAUCUUGGAUUUGGGAUGGAAUGAAAUUACAGGGAUGGUGCCUGACCUCUCUCAGCUUAAAUCUUUGGAAGAGUUACGACUUGGUAACAACAGAUUAAAUGGAAGCAUACAUGAAGGUAUUGGACAACUAUCCAACUUAACUGAGUUAAGCCUUGGAAAUAACUUAUUGCAUGGUUUGAUAUCUGAAGCUCACCUUUCAAGACUUUCCAAUCUUGACUCUUUGGAUUUGUCUCAUAAUGCAUUGAUUUUCAAUGUUAGCGUCGAAUGGGUUCCCCCUUUUAAUAUAAGCGAGGCUAACUUGGCUUCUUGCAAUUUGGGACCUAACUUUCCAAAAUGGCUUCAGACCCAAAUGCAGAUUUGGCAAUUGGAUAUUUCACAAGCUCAAAUAUCUACUCCAGUUCCUAAUUGGUUUUGGGAACGGUCUUUCCCGAGAUGGAGUUUGAAUCUUUCUAACAAUCAUAUUAGAGGAACAAUUGAAGGCAACCAUCACAGAGGAAAUAUUGAAUUUCAAACCAUUGACUUGAGCUCCAAUUUAUUUGAAGGUCCAAUUCCAGCGUUCCUUUCAACUGCUUCAGAAGUUUUUUUGUCCAAUAAUAGAUUUUCAACUGCAAAUCCUCUUUUAUGUGCAAACUCGUCCAAAUACACAAGAUUUAUGGAUUUGUCAAACAACAAUCUUAGAGGAGAACUUCCAGAUUGUUGGAUGGGUUUUGAAUCAUUGGUCGUCCUGGAUUUGUCUGAUAAUCAUUUUUAUGGAAACAUGCCAAAGUCUCUGGGAUCAAUAAGAAAUAUCAAGUCAAUACAUUUAGGAGGGAAUAAUUUUUCAGGAGAGAUACCAUCAUCCUUGAAUAAUUGUACACAACUGCAAGUUUUUGAUGCUGCACAUAAUAAGUUGUCAGGAACAAUACCAACCUGGAUUGGGGAUAAUAUUUCAAAGCUACUUGUACUUAGCUUACAUUCCAAUAAGUUUCAUGGAAACAUUCCAUUUAGCAUGUGCAAUCUCGAUGAAAUCCGUGUCUUGGACCUCUCUGUCAAUAUUCUGUCUGGCAGUAUACCUAAAUGCAUAAGUAAUCUUUCUGCUAUGGCCACUCAAGCAAAUUCUGAUUACUAUCAUUAUGAAUUUGACAGUAGUGUUUAUUCCCGUAGUUAUGCUGUUCGUGGAGUUUCCGGAGUUUAUAAUGAUAGCGCAUCACUGACAUGGAAAGGGAAAAUGUCAAAAUAUGAAAGCACCCUGGGAUUGUUGAGAAGUAUUGAUUUCUCCAGCAACAGGUUAACAGGGGAAAUACCAGUUGAGAUGAUGAGUCUUAUUGGCUUGGUUUCUUUAAAUCUUUCAAGAAACUUGUUUAGUGGACACAUUCCUCCAGCUAUUGGACAGCUGAAAUCAAUAGAUUUUCUUGAUCUAUCCAGAAAUCAUUUGUCAGGAACAAUUCCUUCACAACUUGCUCAAAUAGACCGUCUCAGUGUUCUUGACUUGUCAUACAAUGAUUUAUCUGGAGAAAUCCCACUUGGCACACAACUGCAAACUAGGGAUGCCUCUGCUUAUGCAGGAAAUCCAAAACUUUGUGGUGCUCCUCUCAACAAUACUUGUCCCAUACAUAGUCACCAGAUCAGUGAACAUGAUGCUGAUGGUGAUGAUGAACAAUUUGUAACCGAGGGAUUCUACAUUGCUAUGGCUGUUGGAUUUGUUAUAGCAUUUUGGGGAGUUUGCUUCUCAUUGAUUUUGAAGAAAUCUUGGAGAUAUGCCUAUUUCAAGUUAUUGAGUGAUGUCUAUGACAAGCUCUAUGUAUUUGUAGCAAUUAAGGUGGCCAAAUUAAAAAGGAUCAGAUCUCAAGUAUGAAGGCAAAAGAGAGUACACAGUAUCUUGUGUUGAAAAUUAAAAGAGCUUUGUUUGUGAUACAGCCAGAAUCUUCAUGCAUGUGUAUUCAUUUGUUAGUGAUGCUGUUAAUGUAAUAAGUGUUAUGUUUGCAUCUUUUAGCCCUGUUUAGGUUUUCUGCCGUAGCUGCAGAGUGGAGUGUGGAAGAGGAUGCUUUUUCAUAUUUCACCUAUAUGCAUAAUAUUUGUUAUAUGGGUAAUGGGUGUGAUUGUGAAACUUUGCCUUGUUUUAUUGCUGUAAUUUAUUUCCAGGGACGAUAUUAAGUGUUAGUUAUUACUUAUUAUGGAAGUGCU